AUGCCCAUCAUUUUCCUAACUGGCUGCGCCUAUCCCGUCGCCUACGAGAUAAUGGGACAUCGUCUCGUUUUCAGCCUUCUCGGUCAUCUCAGCAUGCUAGAAGUCGAGAAAAUGACACAAGUUGAUCCUAGCUAUUCUCGGCCGUCUGUUGGCCUCUACACGGCCCUGGCCAUACCUAUCGCUGUAUAUGCUGUCUACUAUUGUAUUCUGUUCCCACUCUUACGCACCGAUCUUCGCGUCAUUCCAGGCCCAUUUCUUGCUAAACUAACCAACCUGCAUCGUGUGCUCCUCGUUCGCAGCGGGGUUGUUCAUGAGCAUCAUAUUGACCUUCAUAGGCGGCAUGGUCCGUUGGUUCGGCUUGGGCCCAACAAUGUAUCUGUAGGAUCGCCCGCUGCUGUUCCUGUGUUGUACAACAUUCGGACUCGAUACCCUAAAUCGGAUUUCUACCCAGUCAUGGGAAACAUGGCCAACGGCAAAGUCGUUCCUACUAUUUUUUCCACCCCUGACGAGUCCGUCCACGAGGUCAUGAAACGCCCCAUCGCACAGGUAUAUGCAAUGUCGAACUUGAAGUCAUACGAGCCGCUGGUAGAGAGCACCGAAGCUCUCUUUAUUGAAAAGCUGGAAAGGCUCGCGGAUGAGAAACAACCGUUUGACUUGGGAACUUGGCUACACUGGUUUGCGACCGAUGUCAUCCUCGAGAUCACCUUCGGACAACGUCUCGGGUUUCUAGAAAGGGAGCAGGACGUGGAUGGGAUUCUCCAGAUGAUCGAAGAGCGUUUUUGGUACGUCGCCAUUGUCGGCCAAGUGCCCUGGUUGGACAGAUUGCUGCACAAGAACGGCCUUAUGAGUUAUCUGAAGGGUCUCUUUUCAACAUCUACAGUCUCUCCAGUAUUGGAAUUUGCGCUGGACCAAAUUGCAACCCGGAAAGCGGAGCGCCUUCACCAUCCGGAGACGAAAGCCACGAGGCGAGACUUCUUAGCACGCUUCUUGGAUAUCAAGGAAGCCAACCCGAAUAUCCCUGAUAUCUGGAUCCUGUCCUGGUGUCAACAGAAUGUUCAGGCUGGCUCUGAUUCCACUGCCAUCACGUUGACAUCAGUUAUGUACCACCUAUUGAGAUACCCUGAUUCAAUGGAACUAUUGAUGAAGGAGCUCAAGGAAGCCCACUUAGCACAUCCUAUUCUAUGGGAGUACGUUCACAAGUUACCGUAUCUUGAUGCCUGCAUCAAGGAAGCUUUAAGGAUAACCCCUGCCGUGGGAAUUCCAUUGGAACGUGUUGCCCCCGAAGGAGGAGUGCAUCUCUGUGGGCGAUAUUUUGCGCCUGGCACAGUGCUUGGAAUCAAUGCAUGGGUUGUGCAUAGAGAUAAAGGGGUCUAUGGCGACGAUGCUGAUUCCUGGAAUCCCGGGAGAUGGAUGACAGCAGACGAGGACAGACGAAAACUGAUGGAUCGUACAUUAUUUUCUUUUGGAGGGGGGACAAGAGUCUGCCUCGGAAGGAACAUCUCCUACCUGGAGAUGUACAAGGUUAUUCCAGAACUACUUCUAAGGUUCAAGUUUGACCUUGCUAGCCCACAGAAACAAUGGGAAAUUAGGAAUGCGUUUUUUACAUAUACGAAAGGUGUGAUGGUGACAGUGAAAAAAGUGCAUCAGGAGUAG